UGGCAUAAAUCCGUUCUACGAUUUCCAAACUGCAAUAAUAAACAAAAUCUGCAAGCAGUCCCUCAAGGUAUUCACUACCCUUAUUUUUAAUUGGUUAUUUUUUAUGCAAUAAGAAAUCUUCUUUACAUUUCAGAUCGACAGGUCCAUAGAGAAUGUGUGGGCAAAUUGUGUCUCAUUUUAUCCAGUAUUUAUUUAUAACUUAAUAACAACAUUUUGGAAGUUUUCACUCAACCUUCUCUGUAAAAAGAAGUCUAUCCAAACGUAAGUUGCUGGUAAAAGAGACGAAAAUGUUCAGCAUGUAAAAUAAGGCUUGUAUACACCAAGUUUCAGAAGUGUUUCAUCAACAGGGCAGCGGGGCCGCUUGUCUGACCGAUUUUGACAUUGAAUUAUAGCGCCCCCUAUGGGCGAUUGGUUCUAUACUUUUUGAACACCUGCUUAUCGGGAAGUCAAAAAAUAAUCCCUGGCCUAUGAAAGACGCCCUAGAUCGCACGGGGCCCCAUGUCCAUGGAAGCUGUUGUACUAAUAAACCCACUAUAUUUAUAUAAGAAAAUCAUGUGUUAAAGACACUGUAAUGAGUGACAACUGCCCACCAGCAUAGCAAAAACAGAACUGCUAUAUUUCGUUCUUGUCGUCUAAAUACAACCAAUCUCACGGGAGCCCGCUGGUGACAUUAUGCAUUCAUAUUCAUUAGAUAUCCUUAAAGCCACCAUUUUUAUUUCAUAAUUCAUAAUUUUCCCAUUUCCACCAAGUUAUGAUGCAUAUAAUAGGCCUCCCUGUUGGAAAGGUUGAGCAUGGUUCAACCUAACAAAAUAAAAUACAAAUGCGUUCCUAUUCUUUGGAAAAACGCCAAAUAAACUUAAUUGAUAGACAAUGUUAUAAAUUUCGUAUUUGAGAUAGGGUAGCCUAUGUAUUCUAUUUCAAAAUACAAAAUACAAGGGUUGUUGACAAUCGUAAAGCGGUCUCAACCUCAGAUUAUCAUCGGCGGGCGGUGCUGGAACACCUGGUAACCUGGGCGGGGUCAGGUGCAAUUGUUUACACUCAGCUAGUCUUUUGUUUACGAAGGGGGUGUGCGGCACUUACAUUCACUGAACUGUAGCCAGUCGAUACCAGUUCAUGAACUCGGAUAAGAAACUAUUCUAUUGUUUGGGAAAAUGCUUUCAUUGGACGUAGUCAACCGUAGCUGUUAAAUAUUCCGAGGAUGUAAGAGGAUUUUGGAUUCCCUGUCCGUCGUUCCAUUGCUUAUUGAGGAGGCGGAUGAUACUGACAAGAUGCAAUACAUCCACGUCGCUGAAGACAUGUGCAGAAAUGGGUCUGUGGUGGCACUGCAGUGUGGCUCCCUGACAGCAGAGUGUGUGGUCCAGACCGGGUCCCAGAGACCGUCUUUCCCCUCUCUCACAUAUGCAACGGCAUCCUACAACACCACACACACGGCAGGUUCACUGGCCAACUCAACAGAAUCCCUCAAUUCAGCACAGUUGAUAGGCGACUCAGCUCAAGCCUCCAGCUACAACCUGUCACUGGGCGUAAUCCUGGCAAUCUUUUCGGCCUUCUUGAUAGGUUCAAGUGUGAUUGUCAAGAAGAAAGCCCUUCUGCAAUUGGCCAGACAGGGCCAUACCACAGCAGGUAAUGGAGGUCAUGGGUAUCUUAAGGACUGGUUAUGGUGGGGUGGUCUUCUAACCAUGGGUUUAGGGGAGGUGGCUAACUUUGUGGCGUAUCUCUUCGCACCUGCUACUGUGGUGACUCCCCUCGGUGCCCUCAGUGUCCUCAUUAGUGCAGUUCUAUCCUCCUACCUGUUGGGGGAGACACUUAACCUGGUGGGAAAGCUGGGUUGCCUCCUGUGUAUACUGGGCAGCACGCUCAUGGUCAUCCAUGCCCCAAAAGAGGAGGAAGUGACAUCACUUCAGGAGAUGACUGUGAAACUCCUUGAGCCAGGGUUCCUGGUGUAUGCGUCCUUCGUGCUGGUGUGCUGUGCGGUACUGGUGUGCUACGUGGCUCCUCGUGUGGGACACAGCAACAUCCUGGUGUACAUCGGUAUCUGCUCUCUGCUGGGAGCCUUCACUGUGUCCUCUGUUAAGGGCCUAGGCAUCGCCAUACGCACAGUCUUCUCUGAUGCUUCUGUGAUUGGUCAUCCUCUCACCUGGAUUCUACUCAUCGCCCUCAUUGCCUCAAUAUUAACACAGGUGAACUAUCUCAACAAGGCUCUGGACACGUUCAACACCCUGCUGGUCUACCCCAUCUACUACGUGUUCUUCACCUCGGUAGUGCUGUCCAGCUCCGUCAUCCUCUUCCAGGAGUGGAGCACCAUGGCCGGUGUUGACGUGGCCGCCACGCUGGGCGCCUUCCUGGUCAUCGUCGUGGGCGUGGCCAUGCUCCACCUCUUCAAGGAUGUGGAGAUAAGCGUUCACCAGCUGAUUGGUCAACUGCCUACGAGGGCGAAGACGGAGGGGCGAAGUGAGGAGAGGAUACCACCAGAUGAAGGAGGAGGAGGAGGGAGUAAAAAAGAAGAUAAAUCUGGACUGAUUGACAACAUCUACAUAGAGAGCCUUCCUCCUAUGAGAGAGGAGGGUCCAAGGGUCUUCAUCAUCAGCUGAGAGGCAGAGUGAAGGCUUCAGAAUACACACCAUGGGUUUUGGUUAGAUCAUUUCAUGCCUUUUGUUUGACAAACUAGAUCAACACCUGUAUUUCAAUUGGUCAAGAAAUGAUUUAAUUUUGUAAUAUUGUCUUUGGUUGGUCCAUGAUAGUGCAGAGGGCUCGAAUAGCAUUCAAUUGAAUGCAUAAUGUAUGAUUCACACAAUCCAUAAGGAUUCAUGCCAAUGAUUAAACCUUAGCCAAAAGCGUUUGUUAGAGCCCGCUCACUUCCCCUUUUAGCUAAUGUUUUUUGCUUGCAUUACCAUUCCUGACCAGUAUUAAAAACAUCAGAAGUGAAAACAUUCUCCUCUGUGUAUGACCCCAGCACAAAUAUCUGGUCUAAUGGUCUAAAAGAACCCCUUUAUACCUAUACCAUCACAUUAUGGGAUAAAUCCCCUGGUUUUCCUCUUAUUAACCCAAACUCCUCAUCGAAGUUCAAACAUUUUAUGUCUCAACAUUUAUGUACACAUGUUUAUGUUAUUAUUUGAACCGUCGUUAUGAAGGCUUCCGGUUGUCACCAUCUCAAUGUGAAGUGUUCAGAGGCGGAAUGGCCAUCGCUCCCGGUAUGAAAAAGUGCCCCACUCUGCCCCUGGAAGUGUUGACUGAAACCCAGUGAUCCCAGCUGGAUGGACAGCAGAGCCUUCAGUGCAGAGUGAGGGGAGUCCGACACAGGAACAUUGUGUUGGACACUUGUGUUUUACACACACGCACACUGCUGUCCACUUACAGUGUAGCCCCCUGCUCAUAGCUCCUCUCUCUAUGACACACUGAUGGCUCAUCCCUGGGACUCUGAAACCCUGCACCACCCCUACCUCACCGCCUUUUAGCACUGUCGCCAUCACUUUGGAUGUUAUUAAAACGAUUUGAAAUGGUGGGGAGCUCCAAACCACUCAAAGCCCACCCACCCACAGCCUAGUCAGCCUACAGAGAAUUCAAAUGAAUAUGUAAACAAAAGUGAUGGUGGCAGUAAAGUUAAAUGAAUGACUUAGUGCAGCUGGGAUGACAGCAUAAUUCACCUCUUGUAUCACCGAAAUAAUUGUACAUAUCGUACAUAUUGUGCGAUCAUCAUAAUUAGCAUUGCUUUUAGCAUUGGUGAGUAGUAUGCAUGCUGUGUAUCCUAUACAGUACAAGUGGUGAUUCACAUAUGACAUUCCAUAGGUUGAGAGUGGUGUAAAUAAUUGAGUGACUUGCCCCAUGUCACUUCUCCUGGUGUUAUGAAUUGAUUUAAUCCAGUACUAUUCUUCAGCUUGUGGACAGUCAAUCGUGUUAAUAAAGAAACUUGAAAAUAG